AAUAACUAACGUACACACCAAAGACCGCUUAAUGUUAAUAUAGGAUAUAGAAUAUACUUAAAAGGACAUAAACUAAAGAUAUCAAUGAGAUCGAAGGUUGGAUUAGCAGUGUUUGGUCUCGGUCGUAUGGGAUUACAUCAUGUUAAGAAUAUCCUUAUGUCUCCUCGUGCAUCUUUGAAAUGGAUAGUUUGUGACAAUAUAGAAGACGCCAAUGUUCUAAAAGAGAAAUAUAAUCUUAACACGCACUGUGUGACACCGGAUAAAGCGGACCAGGCCUUGGACGACUCAAGUGUUGACGCUGUUAUGAUUGUAUCACCAACAGGAACGCACGAGAAUCUCAUUCUGAAUUCACUUAAUACAGAUAAAUACGUAUUUUGUGAGAAGCCUCUAACACCGUCAGUCCAGUCGACACGUGCGUGUUAUGAGCUCGCCGAAAGUAAAGGGAGACCACUCUUGUGUGCAUUUCAAAGGAGAUUCGACCCGUCCUUUUAUUCACUGUACAAACAAGUAAGAUCUGGCUCAACCGGACCGGUUCGUAUCGUGAAAGCUACCAGUCGUGAUUUUCCAAAUCCACCAGUAGAAUAUUUAAGAACAUCAGGUGGUAUUUUCAAGGAUUCUACUAUUCAUGACCUGGAUAUGGUCUCAUGGAUAGCCGGAAGUAAACCUGUCAGCGUCUUUGCUCACGGACAUGCGCACAAUGCUGAAUUAAAGAAAUUUAAUGAUAAUGACCAAGUGGUAGUCGUGAUAUCUUAUGAAAAUGGAGCCGUGGCCGUUGUAGACAAUGGGCGAUGGUGUCCUUUCGGAUAUGACCAGAGACUUGAGGUCCUCUGUGAGAAGAUGCAAUUAUCUGUAGACAACAAGGGAGUUAAUCAUCUAACUACUUCCGGUGAACAAGGGACAAUACUCCCAAAGACUGAAGAAAGUUUUAUGGAUAGGUACCCGGAUGCUUACAGAAACGAGCUAGAACAUUUCUUAAACCUCGUUGAAGGCAAGGAGGAACUGCGUGUGUCCAAGGGGGAGACAAUUCAAGCAAUGAGACUGGCAGAACUGUGUUAUGAGUCCAUAGACAGACAAAAACCUGUACCAUAUUCCGAGUAGUACAAUGUAAUAGCUUAAUUAAUAAAUAUGUUUUAAAUGCAUUAUUCUAGAUUAUUCAAAUUGAAAUCGUUCAGAAAAUAUUUGCUAUGGAACUAUUAGCCUAGUAUUCAGGCGUUGAUAGUUUUUGCUUAUUCAUAACAUACGCGGUAUUUCGUACUUGUUCGUGUUUUUGUCUUUUUGAUAGUAUCGAUUAACCGAACAUAAAAAUCGACAAAUAAACAGACUAUGGGUGUAUAUGUUUAAUACUUGUAUUUAAGAUAUUUUGCAUGCACUUAAUUUAUCUAAGAUGCAUCAUCCAGUGACCCUUCGUCUUAUUUCGGCAAACUCCGGCAAACUGCGUAGCUGACAAAUCCGGGGUCAUAUUAACGAUUAUAGUCAAGAGCAAAUCAACGGAAUUUGCCGAAUUUCUCCGAAGCGGACGUAUUUCAUUUAGCCAAUAUUUAGAAUCACAUACAUUUUCUUAAAGUAAAGAAAUCGGUCGUUUUUCGUCAAGGGCGAAACCUAUGACCUUGCCUUUUCACAUGUAAGAACCAAAACAAUAAUUGGUCUAUAAAUUAAAAUAUUCUCAAUAUCAAAUAUCGUUUUAUUCAGUGCAAAUAAAAUAGAACUCUAUGUAAUUGUCUUAAAUUAAUAUCAUUUAGAUUUGCAAACAUAAAUUAAUGAAUAAUUUGCAUGUCAACGCCCCAUUGUUUUUAUUUCGUGAUGACGUCACUUAAUAUAUGAUUUCCAGCAGACGACAAAUAUUCUUCGCGGGUAAAAUU